AUGAACACAGACGCCAAACCCAACCCGUCUUCAGCCGGACCGUCGGGCGCAACAAGUGCCUGCUCAGCCGGCUCUGCUGCCCUCUCGCCGACUUCGAACCAGCUGCUGCCGCCCGGGAGCGCCGGCAUAGCUGCUGGUGGUAGCUCAUCUGCCACUCCUGCAGUUGCUGGCGCUGCUGGAGCCGAGACCAACCGCACCUCGUCCUCAGCACCACCAGCUGGUGGCUCGCGCUCCGGCUCCCAGGCCCGGAAACCGCACGUCAAGUCGCCGCGCUCCGAGUACGGCGCCUCGUCCAAGUCGACACGAACCGAAGGGUCCCACCGGUCCUCCCAUCCGGAGACGCCUUCACCCCGGAUAGUCUACGGCUCCGGCACGCUCGCGCGCCUGCCGACCGAGCUGGAGCGACUCGGCGUGACCUCGCCGCUCAUCGUUUCCAGCCCGUCCAGAAUCACGCUCGCCCGCCGGAUCCAGGGCCUCAUCCCCAGCCUCCACGCCCGGAUCCUCGACUCGGCCGUCGUCAACGUGCCUGCGCGCGUCGUCGACGAAGCCGUGGCCCGCAUAGACGACCGAGACGUCGUCAUCAGCGUGGGCGGCGCCUCGGCCCUGGGCUUGGCCAAAGCCAUUGGCUGUCGCAAGGGGAUUCCUCACGUCUGCAUCCCCACCACCUACAGCGCGUCGGAGAUGAUGCCUCUCCUCCUCGACGCAUGCCCCGCAAGACACGGCAGCGUGUCCGGCAGCAGUGCCGUCGGGGAUGCCAGCCGCAGCAGCAGCAGCAGCAGCAGCAGCAAGAGCAAAUCAGACAGGCCUCAGCGCCGGGACUCGGCAACCCGGGGCGGCUCUCGUAAAUCGCCUCGCACCACGUCCUUUCGCGACCCGAGAGUGCUUCCUGAAGUCAUCAUAUACGACGAAGAUUUGACCAUGAGCAUGCCGAAGCGCUUUUCCGCACCUUCUGGCGAUGUAGCCAUGGCGCGUUUGACCGAACGACGCGACCAAGAUGACACGGCGCAAUGGAGCUAUCUUCAUCUCCCUGGGGUUUGA